AUGGACGACGUUUCUCAUCCAUGGAUGAAGCAUAUCGACUUGUACAUUGAUGGCGGCAAUCAAACACAACAGGCUGCGAGCGUGGACGCGAUUGCCACCUUGCUGAAGAAUGAUUCGAUAACUCUAGAAGAUAUGGUUAGGGCAAUGAAGGUGGAUUUGACUUCUGCGCUUGACACACGUCGCUAUAGAGCUAUGCUCUUCCUCGCUGAAGUUCUGGAAUCUCUCUCAUCAAAGCCCUUAAGCAGCACUUCAAUUCAUAGCCUUAUAGUUUUCUUUGCAGAAAGACUGGCAGAUUGGAAAGCAUUACGUGGUGCCCUUGUUGGUUGCUUGGCCUUACUAAGGAGAAAAACUGAUGUUGGAAUAGUUACUAAUCAUGAUGUGCUGGAAGUUACUCGCUCUUUUCUAGAAAAUCUUAGGCUGCAGUCCAUGGCUCAAUAUGAGAGGAAGCUAAGCUUGCAAGUCAUCGAAUGCUUAUUAGAUCGUUACUACGACGCACUUGUUGAUUUGGGAGAUAACCUUUUGUAUGGAUUCUGUGAAGCUAUUGAUGGGGAAAGAGAUCCUGAGUGCUUACUGCUCAUAUUCCGUAUGGUGGCAAGGCUUGCACAAUUAUAUCCUGCUAAUUUAGAAGAUUAUGCCGAGGAGCUAUUUGGAAUUAUAGGUGAUUACUUCCCCAUUAACUUUACACAUCCGACAGCUGAGGCAAAUGAUGCGAAAAGAGAGGAGCUCUCCAGGGCAUUAAUGGUUGCAUUUGGUUCUACCGAUCUUUAUGAACCAUUUGCUAUCCCAUUGCUGCUAGAAAAAUUGUCUUCUUCUCUACCCUCGACUAAGGUGGAGUCGUUCAAGUUUCUUACCUAUUGCAUUGCAACAUAUUCAAGGGACAGGAUAUGUAAUCAUGCUAAAAUACUGUGGUCCAUUAUAAAAGAUGAAACAUAUGUUUCGCCCCAGUCUACUCUAUCUAAGGAUUUUGAGUCCAUGGGUCAAAUGACUUUUCGGGAAAGUGAUGUUAUGAAUCAAGCUUUUAUCCUUCUCCAAGAAAUUAUUCGACGUUGUGAUGAUUCAAUUAAAUUUAUCAUACACGACAACGACAUUAAUGUGUUUGUGAACUCCCUGAAUGAGUACAAAGAGUUUGAUGCUAUUCCAUUGCAAGUCAAACAGAGAUUACAUGCAGUUGGUCGUAUAAUGUCAACCUGUGCCGAAACCUCUGUUGCAUCAUGUGAUAAGGUCAUUAAAAGUUUCUUUCCACUCCUAAUGAGUGGUUUGGAGAUUUCAGUUGGAGAUAGUGUUUGUCCAGUCCAACUGAGCUUUGGGGCCCUUUAUCUAUGCAUACAACUUCUUGCAUCAUGCAGAUACUUGACUGUGUCUCUUGAAAAUUGCGGAUCAACCAGUGACUUCUCAAAUUGGAUAUGGCCUGUCAUGGUUAGCAAUUUCUCUAAACCUCUGGUGGAGGCCUUCAUUUCCAUCUUACGACCAAAUGUCGCUGAUAACUCUCAAAGCCAUUACGUGCACUUAGGAGUUAAGGGACUGAAAGUGCUAGCUACAUUUCCGGGCAGGUCUUCUCCACUAUCCAAGUCCAUAUAUGACAAUAUUCUGAGGAAACUUCUUGGCGUUGUUGCUUCUGAUAGUGCCAACACAUUCUUAUGGACAUUGGCUCUGAAGGCAUUAGUAGAUAUUGGGCUUUCUAUUGAUGGCAGUCCAGACACAGAGAAAGCUGCGAGUUUUGAGAGUAUUGUUGUGGAAAAGAUUGUUUCCCUAUUAUCUUUCAAUGAUUUCACUAUGCCUUCAGCAGUCAAAUUGCAUGCAGCUUUCGAAAUCGGAGCUACGAGGAAGGAUUUUAUGAUGAGAGUUGUUAAAAUGCUGGAUGAGGCUAUACGUACCAACUUUUCUGAAGCUUAUAAUCAUGGGAAUCCCGAGUCUGGUAAACUGAUGGUCAAUAUUCUGGACACUUAUUCUCGGAAGGUUUUUCCAUGGUUUUUUGAGUUCGGUGGUCUUGAGGAAGUUUCACUGAAUUUUGCUCUUGUUAUCUGGGACAAGAUAGAAGAUAUGAGGACCUUAUACCACAAUCGUCCAGAUAUUGCAAGCGAUGUUCUUGGUGCAACAAUGAUCACUAUGAAGAAGGCUGUUGGUGGUUGUUCCAAGGAAAGCCAGGACAUAAUUGUCAAGAAAGCUUACGGAAUUGUCUUUUCAAUGGAGGAAGUUUCUCACCAAGCUUACACCUUAGGCGCCUCUUCUGGAAGCAAUGAGUGGCUCACCUCAUUAUUCGCAUCUGUUGUUAUCGCUCUCCGUCCAGAAGCAAGCAUCCCCAACGGGGAGAAGAUUUCACGUCUGUUCAUUACAGGCAUUCUCAACGGCCAUGUCCCAUCAGCUCAUGCCUUGGGUUCCUUAGUCAAUAAGCUACCUGUGGAUAUCACGAGCAUGGGCUCAUCAGAUUGUUUUAGUCUGAACGAGCUGGACAUGAUACUUUCCAGCUUCAUAAAGACCUCUGGUGAUGAUAGCUACAAAAUUACUUUUGACUGUUUGAGACAAAAUGCCCUGAAAACAGAAGUGGAGAUCAAUGCCAUUAUUGGAUUGGCCUGGAUCGGGAAAGGCCUGCUAAUGAGGGGUCAUGAGAAGGUGAAAGACGUGACAAUGGCUUUGCUGAGUUUCGUGAUGCAGGGUGGUACAGCCGAGGUGCUUGAUAGGGGGGAUUAUAUUCGGCUGAUGAUGUCUGCAGGGGAUGCAUUUCGUGUGAUUAUGGGAGAUUCUGAAGAAUGUCUGAACCGGAUGUGCCAUGCUAUUGCACGGCCACUUUACAAGCAACGGUUUUUCAGCACAGUUGUGCCAAUUUUGUCAUCUUUGGUGAUGAAAGCUGAAUCAUCAAUUGUAAGAUCUAUGCUGUAUAGAGCCUAUGCACAUGUUAUCUCAGAUACUCCUCUGAGUGCUGUUUUGGUAGAUGCCCGAAAGGUGGUCCCUAUGUUAUCGAGCUGCUUGUGCACACUGAUGAAGGAUGUAGAAAACAAGGAAAUCAUCUACAAAGUUGUACUUGUCAUAUCCGGAAUAUUGAUGGAGAAAAAUGGGGAAGAUGCUGCUGUAGAAAAUGCACCCAACAUUGUAGACCGACUCAUUGAACUAGUAACAUACCCUCAUAUGAUGGCAGUUCGAGAAACAGCACUACAGUGCCUUGUUGCUGUGUCUGAACUCCCCCAUAUAAGAAUUUAUCCCUUGAGAGCAAAGGUUCUGCAAGCCACAACAAAGGCACUUGAUGAUCCUAAGCGAAUAGUUCGUAUGGAGGCUGUUAAAUGUCGGCAUGCUUGGUCUAGUUGGGCUCAUAUUAUAGGCCUUAGGCAGACCCCAUUUUGGGCCGAGUUCUUAGGAGCCCAUAUUGACAGCUGGUCCAAUAGCCCAUACCUUUCGUUGGUAUCUGGAUUUCUGGUCUUCCAUGGCGACAUCAUGGCAGAUUCGAACCCUAGCACCAGCGCUCUCAACGGAAGUGUAGAAAAUAUGGGAGGCUCUAAUAAUAAAGCAGAGUCCUUGCGAGAAGAUUCGCGUGCUCCGGUCUCAGAGGCUCAGCCCGAAGACAUUGAGAGAAAAGCCAGAGUUGAUGCUAUGUGGCAACAAAUGAAUAAAGGAGUUUCUCCAAAACCUCUAAAAUCCAUCUUGGAAAACAAAGGCUCGGCCGCCAAUAAGUCUUCUCAGAAUACUCCUGUGAAGAAAUCAUCAACCGGAUGGAUGAAUUAUCUAGGUUUAGGAUCAAAGAAAGAGUCGCCUGCACAGGUACAGCUGGAAAACCGUCCGAGCAUCACCCCAAAUGGCGCCAGCGAGGAUACGAAAAGGCUUGCUGCUGCUGCUCUUUCGGCUGUUAAGGAUGCAGCUGCUUUGGCCACAUUAGGAAGCGGGAAAGUCGAGAUUAAGGAAGUAAGAGACUUUGCUGGCGAGGAAAUCGAGGUGAAAAAACUAAUAGAUGCCGAUUCUAAAGAGGCGGUUGAGAAAGGUAAAAGCAGCGGCACCCCUUGUGCAGUUGAUGCUGUUCUUGAACAAAUAAAAAAGAAACCCAAACUAAGUGUGCUGGACAAGACAAAGAAGGACUGGGGAGAAUACAAGGAUGAGAACAAAGGGCUCGAGGAGGAACUCGAUGCGUAUAAGAAGAGCUCCAACCAGUAUUUGGACCGGGUCUCGUUUUUGCAACGGGCUGACUAUCGUGAGUUUGAAAGGGAGAGGGAUGCUCGUCUUGCCUCGCAGGCUAAGCGGAAAACGGACAUGAGGGAUGAUUUAUGA